AUGAUCUCUCGAGCCCAGGUUUUCAUCUUGCCCGUGCUUUGUGCACUCGCCCGAGCAUACUCGGAAUGCUCAGAUUCCAUGUUCGAUUUGAAGCGUACGUCGAUUCUGCGAUUUCGCGAUGGUCGGCUCACGAGUCAGAAGAUUCCACAGCUGCAAUGCGUCGGCUCCCCGCACUGUGAUAACCCUGCAGCUGGACUUUCAUCGGUCGAGUGCACGAAUUUGAGACUCGGCAUCUCACCCAUAACAAAAGCCUUCAAGUAUGAAGCGACGUUCCGGGGGCCAGGCUUCAGAAUCUCGAGCCUCGACAUGAGCUGCACGGGAGAAACGGUUUUGAACAGCUGCGCACAUGAGGGAGAAUUAAUCCGGCAAACUCUCUCGAAAUCGCCACAGGUUCAUGCUGGUUGGCCUACACCCCGACACCGAUUUCGUCGAGCCGCCGUUUCAUCUCGGUCGGAACGUUAG